AUGUUGAAACUGCGCAACGGCCCGGAGAAUGUCUCUGAAACGGCUGAUGGAGCGCCCUUCUUAAAAUGGGAACUCUUCAUUUGCAUCAUUGUUCGUCGAUGGGUACAACACCACUCGACUGGCCCUGGACACCCAGCUUCUCUUGAGCUGUCGCAUGGGGUUCACAGUCUCUUGAUAAUUGUGAGACAGUUCUGUCACAAACUUCUUACUAAGGGUUACAUUUUCACAUCCCUUCGAGGACGCUGGCGAAGCCUCGGUGCGACCCAGCACACUCACUGUGACCUUGAUCCACUUAUGACGGGCCAGUAUGGCCCAACAUCGUCUACAAGCGUCUACACGAAGGAGUUGCCUACUCCGCGGACAGACGCACUCCGAGAAGCCGAUGUGGCAGACGAGCGCUGUCCCACGCUCAGGGUACACACAGUUGCUGAGGCGUGUGUUCAAGGCAGAGCGCUUGAUAAGGAGAGCUCAGCUUUCAGCUGUUGA